AUGGACGAUUUCCGUUCACCGUUCGACAUUUUCCGCGAAUUUUUCGGGAAUCGCGACCCAUUCGAGGACAUCUUCUUCGACGAUUCGUUCGCUUUCCCAUCAGAUUCGUUUAUCUUCAAAAAGCACAAAUUCCCGUCGAGCCGAGUGCACAUAUUUUACGAUGACGAGAAGAAGAAGAAAGAUGAUGACUGUCAUUUUUCGACCGUGAUCCGCUUCACAUCGGCAUCAGAGCCUGGGAAGAACGCGACUGUCCGGAAGACGUCUACAACGACAAAGAUCAUCGAUGGUAAAAAGGUGGUCACGAAGCGAACGGAAAACGAAGGCGAAGAGGUGGUAGAGAUUUUGGAAGAUGGUGAAUUAAAGUCGCGAACAGUGAAUCCAACGGUGGCAGUGGCUGCCGGAGCCAACUAG